CAUUUGAAGCAGACACAUCUCCUCUCGUUAAAACAGUUUUUUCACAUAAUUAUUUACAAAAACAGUUAAAAAUCAUGAUUUGGUUAUUGUUUAUUGUGCUGCUCUGCUUAAUAUUUUAUUAUUACCUCUACAAACCUCAAUUAUACUGGAAAGAAAAACACAUAAAACAAGGAAUACCAAUUCCAAUACUAGGUGACAAUUUCAAAAGCAUCACCGGACAGGAAGCCAUGAUUGAAAUGGUCCAACGCCUAUACAACCGCCACAGCAAUGAACGUUAUGAAGGCAUUUACCAAAUGAUGUUGCCUACGUUAAUGCUGCGUGACCUGGACCUCAUCAAGCAAGUGACAGUCAAGGACUUUGAUCAUUUCGUCGAUCACAGACAAUUCGUACCGGAAGGAUCCGAUCCAUUAUGGUCCAAAAACUUAUUCUCAUUGCAAGGUGACAAAUGGCGUAACAUGCGUGCGACAUUGAGUCCCACCUUCACCUCGAGCAAAAUGCGUGCGAUGUUUGUUUUGAUGGAGAAGGCCGCCCAGCAAUACAUUGACUUCUAUCUACAGAAAAACAAAAAUGUCCUUGACAUUGAACUUAAAGACUCAUUCACUCGAUUUGCUAAUGAUGUAAUAGCAAGUUGUGCGUUUGGUAUCACCGUUGAUUCUCUAACAGAACCGGAAAAUGAGUUUUAUUUGAAAGGUAAAGAAGCUACGAAUUUCACUGGAUUUGUACAAACGAUAAAGUUUUUGGUUAAUAUGACAAUGCCGAAAAUUGCUCGGGUUUUUAAACUCAGCGCGUUCAGUCCAGCAGUUUCUGAAUUUUUUAGAAAAUUGGUUCAUGACACUUUGAAACUCCGUAAGGAACAAAAUAUUGUCCGUCCUGACAUGAUUAAUUUAUUAAUAGAAGCACAGAAAGGUCAACUCCAAUACGAAGAAUCCAGUGAAAAACAAGACGCUGGUUUCGCAACUGUUGAAGAAUCUGACAUCGGAAAGAAAACACAAGUGCAGAAGACACCUAUGACUGAAUUAGACAUGACAGCACAGGUUUUAAUCUUUUUCUUUGCUGGUUUUGACAGUAUUUCCACCAUGAUGUCAUUUUUAUGCUAUGAACUUGCUGUCAAUCCAGACAUUCAAGAGAAACUACAUCAGGAAAUUGACGUAACCUAUAAAAACAACAACGGGAAGCUAACCUAUGAUGUUUUAAACAAAAUGAAGUACAUGGACAUGGUUAUCUCUGAAGGUAUGCGUAAGAACCCACCUGCAAUUGCUAUGGAUAGAAUUUGUACAAAACCUUACACUAUCCAACCGGUAAAUCAACAUGAACAUCCUUUGAACCUCAAAGUAGGCGAUUGUCUAUGGAUACCAGUAGCUGGUAUUCAUCACGAUGAGAAGUAUUAUCCGAACCCUUCUAAGUUUGAUCCAGAGCGAUUUUCAGACGAAAACAAAGAAAAUAUUAAUUUAUAUAGUUUUAUCCCGUUUGGUACUGGACCACGGAAUUGUAUUGGGUCUAGAUUUGCGCUGAUGGAAUGUAAGACUUUAAUCUUUCAUAUUCUGAACAAUUUUGAAUUGAUUGUUAUUGAUAAGACUCCAAUUCCGAUGAAAUAUGUUAAGAAUCAAUUCAAUUCUGCUAUUGAAGGUGGGUUUUGGGUUGGAUACAAACGCAGAGACAAUAAAUAAUGUCACAUUGUAUAA